AUGGCUACCAUCGAUACGGAAAAUCGACGAGAAAUUGCUCGUUUACCAACUCGACCAAUUUCUCUUGAAGAUCGUUAUGAUCCACCGGCUAAUUUUCUUGAAAUUGAAGUUCUCAAUCCUGAAACACAUGGCUUUGCUGGAAAACGGUACACUGAUUAUGAAGUUCGAAUGAAAACAAAUUUGCCAGUAUUUCGUCUAAAGGAAUGUUCUGUACGUCGUCGCUACUCAGAUUUUGAAUGGUUACGUAAAGAACUUGAACGUGAUAGUAAAAUUGUUGUUCCACCAUUACCAUCCAAAGCAUGGAAACGACAAGUGCCUGCAUUUCUUCGUCGUGACGAUGGUAUUUUUGAAGAUGAAUUCAUUGAUGAACGACGUAAAGGACUUGAACAAUUUGUGAAUAAAGUUGCUGGUCAUCCAUUAGCACAAAAUGAACGUUCUCUUCAUGUUUUCCUUCAAGAUUCAGCUAUUGAUCAUGAUAAAUAUGUUCCGGGCAAAAUGUCAGCGGGAGUACCACUUAAUGCUAGAACUUUAGCACAUUCACAUCAAAAUGAUCUUCAACGUAUUGCAAAUCCACAUCUGGAAGUUAAUGAACGACGUCUUCGUCCCAUUUAUGAUUACAUGGAAAUUCAUAACUACCGUAAAGCAUUAACAGAAAUCGAUCGCUUAUUGAAAAAACAGGCAAACUUUACUGCAUGUAAAGCUCUGAAAUGUCUUGUACUACUUAAACUUGAAAGACAUGAAGAUGCGCGUACAUUAGCCAACGAAUUAGAUGCGCUUGCUUCAGCUCCAUCACGCACUGCGCCACUUGGCGAUGCAUCUAAUGUUGAUGAAAAUGCAUUGACAUUUUUUUCUCAAUAUUAUAAAGAUUUACGGCAAUAUGACAAAGUUGUUUGGCUAUACGAAGCAGCAACGAAACGUGAUCCAACUAGUGAAGAAUGUUUAUGCUCACUAUUUAUGGCAUAUGUUCGCAUAAAGGAUUAUAAAAAUCAGGUAUUAACAGCACAAAAACUUUAUAAACUAACAAGAAAAAUUCCAUAUUAUAAUUGGGCUGUUAUAAGUGUGCUGUUGCAAAUAGAUGAAAAUUCUAAUCAAUUGAAACAAACACUUUAUAUUCCGAUGGCAACAAAAAUGCUUGAAAAAGAAUUCUUCGACAAAAAUCAACAACAAGCAAAGCCCUAUGGCGAAAUGGAAUGUUUGUUAUAUUUACAUUCCAUUGAAUUAAAAGAAGACUUUCCUAAAGCAUUAACAUUUCUAGAAAAACAUUUAGAUGCAUUGACAAAAUCACCUUCCAAUGAAUCCAUGUUACCAGCUUAUUUCUCACAUGAUAGAUUAUUAAUUUAUAAUUUUAAAUCAGGCAAUUUCGAUAAUGCUUAUCGUUUAGCAAAACAAUUUCUCACUGAAGAUGGUUACCUUUGGAAUUGGUAUGAAGUUUUAUUCGAUUCAUUUUUUAAAUUGGACAGUACAAAACAAGAAGAAUUAGCAAAGGAUUUUCACGAGUUCAUACUAACUGUUUCUACUGAAGCGAAUGAUUUGCGCAGUAUGCAUUUGGCUCGUAUUGAACUUGGUCUUCGGUGGCAACUUGCAAAACUGAAAAAUACUUCAAUAACAUUACCUUCAUUGGCUUUGAGUUAUCUAUCGGAUUCAUUCUUACAAGAGAUUAUUUCGUAUAUUGAGACUUAUUCAGUAAAAACUACUAGUUUAGUUAUGUUCGAUAUAUAUCGAUCAUUAGAAUACCUUUCACUUGAAGAUCUAACACGUCUUCAUAAACAUCUUAUUGAUCAGUUGACAUCGGAGACUUGUCAAAACAACGCACAAUAUUUAAUCAAUAUAUUCUAUUGCGCUCGAAUAUGUGGUGAUAUACAUAGUUCAUGGUUGUCAGAAAAUUAUCGUUCAUUAAUUCAACGGUUACUUGACGUAGCUAUUCAAUCGUCAACUCCAUCACAUCUUUCUAUUGAAUUACUUCUAUUAAUAGUUAACAUAAUGGACGAAACAAAUCAAUCAAAAACGGAAUUAUAUACAUUAUUAGAUCGUACCUACGAAAAAGAUACAACGAAUUUUGAUAUUAAAUUAUUUAUUUAUAAAAUGGCAGUAAACUUCAAUUGUGUAACAAUAAUGAAAGAUACAUUUGAACGUCUUGAAAUAAAAAACAUACAAUAUUAUUCACUUGGUUAUUUAUUAACAGAUCAUUAUUUACGUAUACAUACAAAUUAUCGUCAAAUACGAUAUUUUUUUAAUUAUUUAACUAACCUUUUACUCGUUUAUACUGAUGAUUCAUGGAGUCAAAUUAUGUUUUGUUACAAAUACGGAAAUUUCUUACGCAUUAAUGAAAUUCGUACAUUUUCGGAUUAUUAUCUUAGUUUCUCAAUUAUUUAUAUACAAUCAUUAAUAGGCUCGAUUAUAAUUGAUUUAAUUCAAAAUGGAGAUCGAUAUCAUUCUAUCGUUAAUCUAUUUAAACAUUCAUCGAAUCAAGGCUUAUUCGAACAUAGAGACAAAAAUAAUAAUUCAUUGCGUUCGUUAUUUUAUAAAAAUGCUAAUAGUGAUUUAUUUAAAAUUCAAGAUACUCGUGAUUUUGAUGUUUGGUCAAAAAUUGAUCAUCGUCGAUUACGUUUUGAUGCUGUUGAUGAUAAUACAAAAUCGAUUGAACGAAUAUCUUAUGCUGAUCGAAUUCUGGCCGAAAACGCUAGUCAAACUGCAUAUCAAUCACCAUCCUAUAAAGACUCAUUUCUUCGUCAAUAUCAAACUGCUGAUUUUCAACAGCGAACAAUACUCUGUUAUUUUCGUGCCAAUAUACUCAACUUGAUCCAUACAUUAUAUAUUGAUUCUACAACAACGUCCGCUAUUCGUAUGCCAGAUGAGCAAGUUUUGAAUGCAUUAAAAUUGAUACUCGAUGACUUUGACCAAUCGACGAAAUCUUUAAAACAUGUUGAAACUAUAACUCCAUGUGAAACAAAAACUAUCAUUGACCUAGAACUAUACAAAUCGAUUCCACCAUUUAUUCAAAUUUUACUCGAUGGAUUAACAUUCAAUAAAUCCGCAGAAGCAACAAUAACAUUAGCGAAUACAACAGUUCAUUUCAAUAAAAUCGAUCAUUCUAUAACCGAAAUUAUAAAGCAACUUGAAACAUCGUAUCAACUACUGUUGCAAGCAUUAGAAAAAACAUCGUUUCAAAAACGAUGCCAAGCAACACCGGAAAAUGCUACUGAUGAUAAUUUAUGUUUUCUCAAUGAUCUAUCUGGCAAACAAUCACCGCUUGAAUAUUAUUCUGUUUAUACAGAAUUUAUAUCGUAUAUUUAUAGUUUAUAUUUAUCAAUAAAAUCAAUUUUAGCUACUCUAUUUAAUAAAACAUCGUUAUUGGCUGAUAGCAGUGAAAAUAGUGGUAAUAAUCGUUCGGCAAAUACGAAAAAGUCAAAAAAGAAAGCAAACGAGCAACAACCAGCACCAACUGUUGCUAAUGAGAAUGAAAAUGAAUUAAAACUCUGGAAUCAAUUGCAAAAAAUCGAAUCUUUAUUCAAUGAACAAUGGACAAAUAUUACAGAAAAUAUUCAAAAAUAUGAAACAUUUGUUCGAUCUCAAGGAAAAUUAGCCGAUCAUGAAUGUGAUCGACUUGAAAAAGAUCUCGGCGGAACCGUAGAAAAGCAAUCUAGCAAACAAACAGUCAAAUCCGAUGAAAUCAACAAUAAUGACUCAUCAUCAACAGCAACAAAAAAGAAUGAUGAUGAUAAUCAAUCUUCGAAUUCAUUUUUCGAAUUAGGAAAAAGUCUUAUGAGUCCAUCAACUGUCCAUACAUUUGCCAUAAGUUAUCUUGAAUCUUUAAUGCAGAUACGAAUAUGUCUCCGAAGUAAACAAAAAACACUUGGCCUUCGUCCAACAUCGGCAUAA